AUGGCGGCGGCAGACGUUAUACGUGGGGCUGACGAUGCGUGCCAUCCAGCGCUUGCAAAGCUGAACGACCUUGGCAGCUACGAGUUCGAAGAGCAAAACUUCGACUUCGCAACUGUGGUAGCAGAGGGCGACUGCAUAAUAACAGAAGAGGACGGGAGCUUAGUAAGGUCAACGAAGAUCUUUCCUCUGCGCGAAACCUACUCGCUCUGGUGGCAGGAUGUGUCUUCCAUCCUCUGGGCAAAAAAAAGUGGAAACUACGCCGAAGGACUUACGAAGGUAUAUCAAAAAUUGAAUAAUUUUUUUGGUACCUCGUAAUACUGUGGAGGUCGUAGCCUAGAUGAGACAAGAGCGAAGGGCAAGGAUCUAAGUAGAGCGUGAAACUAAAUGGAAUGAUAAGUAAUCGAAUAAGUCGAAUGAAAACAUAAACGAAGGGUCGGGAUCUAUAAGUCGAAUGGAUGCCGCCAGAUCUGUCAUGCGUUCCUCUGCAGCGCAUAAAUCGGUCACGCGGUCCAGUAGAGGGGAGUAGAGGGGGCGUGAUACUACAUUCAAGAAGUUGUAGCUGGCGAUAGUUACUGUUUGGUAGUCGCUCUGAGGCUACGGACGUUCGCCCGAGGAUACAGGUCAAACUGUGGACGGCGAGCCAACUCCUAUCCUAUUCACCUUCAUCACGAUCCGGUAGGUCCGACUUUUUUUCUUACACUCAAUCACUGUACACCCUCACCCUUUGCUUUUCAUUAACUUCUUCUCCUUCACCUUCUUCCUUGUUUGUUUACUGUAUAUUUCUUAAUACCAGGUGAGUGACAUAAAAAGUGUCCAGGAUUUUUGGCGACUAUGGAACAACUUGUCUGAAGCGAGCGGCUGCCUCAGUCUUUUUCGAUCACCUGUCCAGCCUUUGUGGGAAGACAAGAACAAUGAAGGAGGAGGUACUUCUCGUUACAUGAUUCCUAUGUAUAUGUAUCUAUGUAUAAAUAUCAAUACGUUUGAAUGUUGGAGUUCGCUCUGUUACCUCAAGUAGUGCAUUAUACUGUAUAUGAUUUGACGAGAAAAUUCAGACUGAUCUUACUGCUGUAGAUAAUUUGUGGUGGAGGAAAGGAAAAGGGUGGAUACGACUGGUUCGUGAUGAUCGUGUGAUGAAUCAUCGGUAUUGAUUUGGCUUUGGUUUAUUUCCAAAGGGAGAAGUACCUACUUGUUCCAAAACCUACAUCCAUUUUUACCAUUCCCUCCCCAUAAAAAUCGUGUUUCAGGUCGAUGGAUACUUCCCCAGAUGGGAGUGGGUGAGCGAUUUAAUUUCUUCACGGAUAUCUGUCUCGCAAUGGUUGGCGGCACAUUUCGCCAGUUGCUCGACGAGAACGAUGAAAUUCUCGGUGCAUCCUUUCACGUCUACAAGAAGAUGUGGAAAAUUGAAAUAUGGAAUAAGAAGGGCGCCAGCAAUUCAGUCCGAAAACUUGACCUCGCACUCCGGGAUCUUCUACAGGUACCACGACCUUUACUGAGUUGUUAUUGAGCUAGUUUAUCUUUCUUGUUCCUGUAGUGUCCGUCGAUAGCACCGCUUUCAGACAAAAACCAAAUUGAACCAAAAUCGAGCUGAAAAUGAUAACCGAACAGGUAACGGGCCGCGACGCUUUCUCAAUCAAAUACUCAAGUCAUGAUGGGAAGCGUACGGAGACUUGGCUCGGUGUCAAUGAUGAAAAACCACAAGAGGAAUUGUGAACUGGAGAAAUCGAGAGGAAUUUGACGCUUUUGAGAUAGACAUUACUUAGAUUUUCCUCUUGAUUGAUAUCUUUGCAGUUGCUCUCAAAUUCAAUCCGAAAGCUACAUCCCCAGCUAAGUACAUAACUGGAGCUGGACAAAAUACUAAAUUAAACAUCCCAUCUAUUUAAUAAUGAUUCCGCCUGAUCAUCAUGUCUACUCCUGUCUUCGUGCGCUGUUCUUUUCCGCCACAACAGACACGAGUUGUCACGGUCUUUUGUUGAAAAUAGACGCUGAUGCAUCUUCAUCUAGUACGCUUUUUGACAUUUCAACGACAACUUUCCCGGCCGAGAAUCUGUGGGAGAUGACGCGACAAGUGGUCGUUGGACUGGGAUAAACAUCGCGCUCGCACUUUCGAAUCAAAAUGAUGCAUAAAGAUAAAGCAAAGACAAAGUAUAAGGAGCAACGAACUUCAUCGGAGAUCAUCUUCAUGAACAGGAGGACUGUCCGUUUGGUGCGAUCAAUAACGAGGUCAACGAGCUCUGCGAGAAGUCGUUUUCACCGACUGACAAUGCCACAAGAUAGAUCAACAAAGCAAAAUCCAUAAAUAAUGAUCAGAC